GUCCCCGGGCCCGAGGAAGCGCUGCGGGGAGCCGCCAGGGUUGUGUCCCCCCGGCCGGGAGUGGCGGGCUUUUGUGCCGGUGCCCGGCCCGCGGUCCUGCCCUCCCCCCCGCGCUUUGGGCCCGAGCCCCCGUGACUUGGCAGCCCGUGAGCGAAGCCCAGAGGCCCCUCCCCCCGCCCGGGGGGCUGGUAGUGGGGAGACUCUGCCCCGGCCCCGGCUCCGGCCCCGGCUCCCGCUCGGGCUGAGCCCCAGCCUCCUUUCCGGCCACGCGCCGCUCCGCCCGGCCCGGCCCGGCCCGGCCCGGCCCGCCUCAGCGGUGCGGACCCUCGGGGUCCGGCCGCUGGGAUCUUGCCAGGGAGCUGGGUCAGGGCCCGGGUCGUGGUGUGACUCGGGCCGGAGCCCGGCCGUUUUGCAGUUUGGCUGCCGCUGAAGCAGCCCGCCCAGGGUGGGGCGGGGGUGGGGGGUGUCGCGCUGUGUGGACGCGUUAGUGCGGCUGGGAGACCCAGUUCCAGCAAUUGUUGGCAGCGCAGCGUGGCUGCUCAAGCAUGUGCUUGGAAACAGCCCAUAAGAGCGGACACGAGUUUGCAGUGCAGCAUUGACAUACCCUGAAGGGCUAGCUUGAUCUGACCUCUUCACUGCUGUACAGGGCCUGGAGGAGAGGAGGUCAGACUAGAAUGGAUGAUCAGAAGACCCUUCUGGCCUUAUCUGCUGGGGUUGGAGGAGGGGAGAACCUACUCUAGGCCAGCUUCACUGAAGGCGGGAGCCACAUCCAUGUGGGCUUCCUGCUGUGGGUUGCUGAAUGAAGUCAUGGGUACCGGAGCUGUCCGUGGCCAACAGCCAGGAUUUGGGGGAGGUACUGGCCCUUUCAGAUUUGCACCAAAUACAGACUUCUCAGCAUAUCCAUCUUCAGGAGCCAGUAUAGUCUGCAAAGCCUGUGGGCUUUCAUUUUCAGUUUUUAGGAAAAAGCACGUGUGUUGUGACUGCAAGAAGGAUUUUUGCUCAGUUUGUUCAGUCUUACAAGAAAAUCUCAGAAGAUGUUCUACGUGUCACUUGUUACAAGGGACAGCAUUUCAGCGGCCUCAGUUAAUGCGACUGAAAGUCAAGGAUCUGCGUCAGUAUCUGAUCCUUAGAAACAUACCAACAGAUACUUGUCGAGAAAAAGACGACUUGGUGGAUCUUGUACUCUGCCAUCAUGGAUUAGGUUCUGAGGAUACAGACACUAGUAGCUUGCAUUCUUCAAGGUCACAGACUUCUAGUUUUUUUACACAUCCAUUUUCUCUGUCUGUAUCAGUGUCAUCCUCUCAAGGAGAACUUACAAAUAGAAGAGGAAGCACAGAAAAUGGACCACCUGUACAGGGACAAGGUGGAAUGCCUUCAGCAAAUAACGAAGAAGAGGAAGAAGAAGAAAAUGCAGAAGAGCAGACCCCUAGCAUGUCCAGAAAGCGAGCAAGAGCAUCACUGUCUGAUAUUUCAAGUCUAGAAGAUAUUGAAAGGUCAAGUGUUCGACAGCUGAAGGAAAUACUUGCUCGUAAUUUUGUCAACUAUUCAGGAUGCUGCGAAAAAUGGGAACUUGUGGAGAAAGUGAGCAGGCUCUAUAGAGAGAGUGAGGAAAAUCACAGGACACAGGGAGAGAAGAUACAACUGCAUGAGAACGAUGAUAAUCUGUGUAGGAUCUGCAUGGAUGCAGUAAUUGACUGUGUUCUUCUGGAAUGUGGUCACAUGGUCACCUGCACAAAGUGUGGCAAAAGAAUGAGUGAGUGUCCGAUCUGUAGACAGUAUGUUGUACGAGCAGUGCAUGUAUUUAAAUCUUAAGACCAAAAACACAUUUUAUAGCCAUCCGGAGUUCCUGUAUUUCUGGGGGCAGGACUGAUGAAGCUUGUUAUGACGAACAUUAGUUUCAAUAUGAAUCAAACAUUUUGAACAGCAGGCUAUAGAAGCAUUUGAAACACUUUCCUGUAUUGUUGUUAAAAUUUGCAGUUUGGUGAUAUGUACUGCAGGAGCUGCCUGAGUUACCUUAUAAAGCCAUGAAGUGUUUACAGCAGAUCUAGCAUCACUUAGUGCUCUCUUCUGAAGAACACCAUAAUCAUUAGUUUGCUGAAGGGUCCAGUAUAGUCAACAGAAAACUGCUUUACCAUGACCAUAUUGUUGGAUGACUCUAGCCUGGUUCAUUUGGUGCAUAUGCAUUGCUCCUGGCAAAUAGACUUGUGUAGUAUUUAAUAGGCAUUAAAUAGAAUGUAACUGUUCUGACACUAGUGCUACAAGGGUGUUAAAACAGUCGAUAAACCAAGAUUGUAGAAAGCAUUGCCGUUGCAUAAAGGUAAAGCUAAUCUAAUCUAUUUUCCUGCUUAUUACUUUGUUCCGAAUGUCGGUCUGAUUACAUGUAUACUGUCCACUAACAGUCUUUGUCAAAGUGAACUGUGUAGUCCUACAGAGCUCUGUUUAAUUGCAUCCAAAUGCUAAUUACUCCAUGUUCAGUUUAAGAAUAAAAUGUAGUCAAAGGGAAUAGGGGUUAACUUCAGUGGUCCCAAAUUCAUUCAAACCUAGUCUAUUAAUUUUGCAAGGACUGAAUUCUACAUACUAGGAACUUAAUGUGAAUAGAUCAAUUAUAGUGACACUAAUAGAUGCUAACUUUUGGGAGUUAUAGUAUUACAAACCUUAACCAUUUUUUUCCGGGGUGGGGAUGGGUUGAGAGUAAGGAAGGGGGGAGGGGAGAACUUAAGAGGAAUUGUAGCUUUUUUUUUUAAAUAUGCUGCUUGCUCACAGGUGUUUGAAUCAAGACUAGGGUAGUGAACAAAAUUGCCAAUUACCUGUUUGGCCCCUGUGAAAUAGGUUUUUCAGUCCAGCUCCUAGAUAGUAUCAAACCACAAUCAGUGGCAAUAAUUUCUUUAGAAUACAAGAAUUUCCCUUAAAGGGUCCUGCAGCUCAGUGGGAAUAGAUUCUGAGGUAAAUGAGCGUAGUAGGCAGCCAGUAUUGCCCACUACCUUUGUAGGCUAGAUACUUAAUAGUAUAACUACUUUUUUUUUAAGGGGGAGAGCUAAUGGCAGUUAUUGAAAUGCCUGUGUUAUCCAGUGACAACUUUAAGCUGAGUUGAAUUGUCACGCACAAGUCUUACUGGGCAAAUGCAGCGUUGCCAUAUUGUAUAGUUUGGGUUUUUUUAUAUGUGGGUGUCUUUCAACUUUCUCUACAACCCACUAUUCAAUUCCCAGUGUUCAUCUAGUUUGGGAAGGCAGGUGUUUUGGCAACUGCAGCCAUUAGUACAUUAAAAAUACUUCUGGUUUUCUGUACUGUAGAUCAUGGGAGGUACACUGCCUCCCAUGCCUACUCAGGACUUGAAUGCUCUACAGCCAGGACUCCACAGGGGGGAUUUCUGUAGCCUUUUGACAAAGCUGCUGCAGGGAGGGAGUAGGUGCAGGGGGCUUAGCUCUAGCACUGCUGCUUGGUUUCCAUUAAAUUGUGCUGCAAUUCAAUCAAAGUGGUAGGUGGUUUUCCAUUUUCAACUCUUAGGUGCCUAACUUAUCGUAUUCUCUUUAAAAUAACCAACCAAAAAAACAAUCCUGAAAUCUUUACUGCACAACAUCCUGAUAAUCAUUCUUGAAGAAAACUACUCAGACUUUAUGCACAAGCUGGAUAUUGGCUAAACUAGCACAUCUGUCAAUACUUUCAGAAGUAACAGGAAGUAUAAACUGCUGCUGCUGUUUGGUACAACUCAAUAUGCAGUUUACAGAGAAUCUUUAACUGACAUUACUGCUUAUUUUUCAGAAGAGAACAAAACUCUAGCCUUUUUUUAAAAAACUUUCUAAAAAGGUACUGACUUGUUCUUGUUCAGUUGGUAAGUUAAUGUAGGGGAAUGUAGCAUAUACAUUACUUCCAUUCUGAACAAGGGCUGAGAGUUUAAUAAAGGUUUGUAACUGGUCUGGGA